CGGGAUAACUUCAACCUUUGUUAUCGGUGGCACGGUGAUGCACGGUGAUCCUUUUUAACGACGCCGGCGUUUUCUGGAAGCAGAUUCGAACAUAACUAUACGAAAGAAAUCGGCGUAUUAUCUAAUAAGAAGUUCCACAGUUUGGAUCUUUUUUCAUUGAUUAUUGUGAUUUUCGUUGUUGAUUUUGGGUAAUAAUGGGGAGUAAAUCAGAGGACAAAGCGGUUUUUGAUACGGAGUCAGCGAAGCAGAUGGUGAACAAGUUGAGAGCUAGCUUCAUGGCUGGAAAAACUAAAACCUACGAAUGGAGAGUAUCUCAGUUGAUAGCCAUGUUGAACAUGUUGGAAGAGAACGAGCUGCAAAUCGUCUCCGCUCUUCGCGAUGAUCUUUCCAAGCCGGAACUCGAAUCUUCCAUCUACGAGAUAGCAAUGUUAAAGAAUUCGUGCAAAUUAGCACUCAAGGAAAUGAAGCAUUGGAUGAAGCCGGAAAAGGCAAAAACUUCAUUGACUACGUUUCCUUCAUCUGCUGAAAUUGUAUCUGAACCAUUGGGUGUUGUGUUUGUAAUCUCAGCAUGGAAUUAUCCUUUUUUAUUAUCUCUUGAUCCAAUGGUUGGAGCUAUUGCAGCUGGUAAUGCUAUAGUCUUAAAGCCAUCAGAACUAGCUCCAGCCUCAUCAUCCUUGCUUGCAAAGCUAGUAGCUGGUUAUUUGGAUGGCUCUUGCAUUAAGGUUGUUGAAGGAGCAGUUCCAGAAACAUCAGCACUACUGGAGCAAAAGUGGGACAAAAUAUUUUAUACAGGCAACGGAAGAGUUGCACGCAUUGUAAUGGCAGCAGCUGCAAAGCACUUAACACCGAUUGUUCUAGAGCUCGGAGGGAAGUCACCUGUCAUUGUUGAUUCAGGCAUCGAUUUAAAGGUUGCAACUAGGAGGAUAAUUGCAGGGAAGUGGGGGUGUAAUAAUGGACAAGCAUGCGUUUCUCCUGAUUAUAUUAUUACAGCAAAAGAUUAUGCUGUGAAGUUGGUAGAUUCUUUCAAAUGUGAAUUGCAGCAAUUUUAUGGAAAGAACCCAUUGGAAUCAAAAGACUUGUCUCGCAUAGUGAACUCUAACCACUUUGAUCGCUUGUCAAAACUAUUGGAAGAGGACAAGGUUUCUAGUAAGAUUGCCCAUGGUGGAGCGAGAGAUGAAACAAACUUGAAGAUUGCUCCCACUAUCUUGCUCGAUGUCCCAAUAAAUUCUCUAAUCAUGAAGGAAGAGAUAUUUGGCCCAUUGCUUCCAAUUAUCCUGGUCGAUAACGUGGAAGAGAGUUUUGAUAUGAUAAAUUCUUCUGGACCAAAGCCACUAGCAGCAUAUCUUUUUACCAAUAACAAUAAGCUAAAGGAGAAGUUCGUUGCAGAGGUCUCUGCCGGGGGUUUAGUCGUCAAUGAUACUACUGUACAUCUUGCUGAGCACAAUUUACCAUUCGGAGGAGUUGGGGAGAGCGGAAUGGGUUCGUACCAUGGGAAAUUCUCCUUCGAUGCUUUUAGCCAUAAGAAGGCUGUUCUGUAUAAAGGCUUUUCCGGUGAUUCAUCUCUGAGGUACCCCCCAUACACACGCGGAAAGCUCAGAUUGUUGCAGGCUCUUCUCAGUGGUAGCAUACUACGCAUAAUCCGUGCUUUGCUGGGAUGGUAACAAGUUCCACCGUCUUUCCUUUUAAGCUAAUUUCGUAUGCA